AGUUUUGUUUUCCAAUAUUACCCAUCCUCUGCUUCCCACUACACCCUUCAUUCUGUGGGCUUCAAAUUCUCGAUUCCUUGUAAUAAGUUUUCAUCAUUUCCAUUCGCAAUCUUGCAUACGAAUUCUUGCUGUGCAAUUGCCUCGAAAUUUCCCAAAACCCUAAUCCCCAAAUAACAGAAGGCGCCUAGUUGUUUCAUGUUUGUUGAAACCAAAUAGAAAGAGGCUGCUGCAUAAAUCUUCUUCAAGUUGCAAAAUUUCAUAUUCCUACUCCAUUAACUGCACAAUUCUUAUCAUCAAAGUAGUCAAGCUCUAGUUUUCACCUCUGCUAUCAUAAAAAUGGCAACGAGUAUAGCUUCGGGAAGUGCCCAUCUACAAUUCCGGGAAACACGCUGCUGGCGACAGACUUCUUUCUCUCCAGUGGUGUCGCAGAGAUGCUCUAACAAGUUUUCAUGGUCAUAUGGGUUGUCUAACAACUUAAAAAUCAAGAAAUGUCAUCAUCAUCAAAUUCCUGAAACUCAAAGACCCUUUCAAACAGUUGUGACAUCAUACAUGAAGAACGAAUCCACAAAGUAUUUUGAUUUUGCAGUUAUUGGUAGUGGGGUAGCUGGUCUUCGAUAUGCUCUUGAAGUUGCAAAACAUGGAAGUGUUGCUGUAAUAACAAAAGCAGAACCUCAUGAAAGCAAUACAAAUUAUGCACAAGGUGGUGUUAGUGCUGUGUUAUGUCCUUCAGAUUCUGUAGAAAGUCACAUGCAAGAUACCAUUGUAGCAGGAGCUUAUUUAUGCGAUGAAGAAACUGUCAGAGUGGUGUGUACAGAAGGACCUGAAAGAAUUAGGGAAUUGAUAGCAAUGGGAGCAUCUUUUGAUCAUGGAGAAGAUGGAAACUUGCAUUUAGCAAGAGAAGGUGGACAUUCACAUCAUAGAAUAGUUCAUGCAGCUGAUAUGACAGGAAAAGAAAUCGAAAGGGCGCUUCUUAAAGCAAUUGAAAAUGAUCCAAAUAUUUCGGUUUUCAAACAUCAUUUUGCAAUUGACUUGUUGACUUCUCAGGAUGGAUUAGACAUGAUUUGCCAUGGUGUUGAUACGAUAAAUACAGAAACACAAAAAGUGGUUCGGUUUAUUUCAAAGGUGACUUUGCUUGCUUCUGGAGGUGCAGGGCAUAUUUAUCCAUCUACUACAAAUCCACCCGUAGCUACUGGUGAUGGAAUAGCAAUGGCGCAUCGAGCUCAAGCUGUUAUUUCAAACAUGGAAUUUGUGCAGUUUCAUCCAACUGCACUAGCAGACGAAGGCCUCCCGAUCCCACCAACUAAAUCACGGGACAACUCUUUCUUGAUCACGGAAGCCGUGAGGGGCGAUGGGGGAAUUUUAUAUAAUCUUGACAUGGAAAGAUUCAUGCCUAUGUAUGAUGAAAGAGCCGAGCUCGCACCAAGAGAUGUUGUAGCUAGAAGCAUAGAUGAUCAACUUAAAAAGCGAAAUGACAAAUAUGUCCUUCUAGACAUCAGUCAUAGAUCUAGAGACCAAAUUCUUUCCCAUUUUCCUAACAUAGCUGCUGAGUGCCUCAAAUAUGGGCUUGAUAUAACUCGCCACCCUAUUCCAGUUGUUCCUGCUGCUCAUUACAUGUGUGGUGGGGUUAAAGCUGGUCUUCAAGGAGAAACCAAUGUUCUUGGCCUUUAUGUUGCAGGUGAGGUUGCAUGCACAGGAUUACACGGAGCAAAUCGUCUCGCUAGCAACUCAUUACUAGAAGCACUCGUAUUUGCACAAAGAGCCGUAAACCCAUCAAUACAACACAUGAAAGAAUCAUACACAGAUCAUCAAACCGUUUCCCGAUGGUGGGACCCACCCGUGGUUCCCAUGCAACUAGGGUCCACCAUUCUCACCAAAAUCCUCAAAAGAACAAAACAAGUAAGAAACGAACUACAAUCCAUCAUGUGGGCGUACGUUGGGAUCGUGAGGUCCACCACAUGGCUAAAGACUGCGGAGCGGAGGAUUGGGGAACUUGAACUUGAAUGGGAAGCUUACUUGUUUCAACAAGGGUGGGAGCCAACCAUGGUUGGGUUAGAGGCUUGUGAAAUGAGGAACUUGUUUUGUUGUGCAAAACUUGUGGUGAGUAGUGCGUUGACUAGACAUGAAAGUCGUGGGCUCCACUACACCAUUGAUUUCCCACAUGUUGAUGAAGAAUCAAGGUUGCCUACCAUAAUAUUUCCUUGUUCAAUGAAUACAACUUGGAGUUCAAGGCAACUUCAUAAGCAACAGAUUUGUUAGCACACAAGUAGCUGAGAACCAUUUAUUAUGUGAUAAACCACAGGAAAUUCAAAAUAAAGAGAGAUUAAUCGUUUUUGUUUUUUACGUUGUGUAAACUUAUGUUAUAUGUAAUAUUGUAGCAAGAUUGCGUUGAAUGAUUAUUUUUGUGUUUUUUCGUCUGUAUGUUUAUUUCAAGUUUGGAUCAAGCAAUGAAUGUAUGACGCUUAAAUGCUAUAGUUGAAUUUGGGCCCUUGUUAAGA